AUGGACAGGAGACCUUCGCGGCGAAACAGUAGUCAAUCAACCGUAACUUCUUCUUCAUCAAGAGGAACAGACCCUCAACAGCGCCGAAUCACCAGAGCUUUAGCUCAUACGAACCAAGAAGCAAAUAAUAUAGUCGAUGAAAACCUUCCACAACCGCUAAGGUAUUUUUAUCGGGACAGACAUCAAGACAUGACCGAUCAAUCGGAACCGAUGGACAUUGACGAACCUGUUGCGUCAGUAACUUCAGAACCAGUUGUUGUGGACAAUGUUGUCGUAGAAUCAAGUAUGAUGAACCUAGAUCAACCUGCAGAUAGUGAAGUUAAUCCUGAGGAAAAUAAUAACGUCGAACGGGAUAAUGUGCCUGAAGAGGUAGUAGAGCAUGAAACUGAUAGUGACGAAGAUAACGAAGAUAGCAUUCCUCGAAACGACAGUUCAAUGAACGAAGAAAUUGAGGAGAUAGUAAAUCCAAGAGUUUUUCUAUCUCAAGACAUCAGAGAAACACUUCGGGCCGUCAUUCAAACCAAUGCAAAUAGUGAACAAUUGGGAAAGCUUGCAAAUUUUUUCUUAAUGCUUGAGCGAACCGCACUCACUGAUUGGAAUCUCGAUUUGCUCAUUAGCAAAUUGGCACAAAUAGUAAAGAAUGUAAAUUCUGAUGCGGGAAUGCCGUUCGAUCUAAUGUUUGGUCAAAGUGACAUUGAUCCAGCCGUGUUACAAAGUAUCCUUGAAUCAAAUAUGUCCCAGAAUGAUCCCAACAUAAUCACGAUGGCAACCAGGUGCCUUGGAAAUUUGGUCACCGCACUCGGUGACAGCGCAGGACAUAUGGUCAGCAAUCCAAUUAAGGAGCGAGUAGUACCUCUAUUCUGUGAUAUUUUGGUCAAAGGACCUCAGACCAACGAUUCAGAACAUCUGAAAGACAUAAUAAUGGCUUUAUAUCAAUUCACGAGGCAUAACCGGGUUGAUUGUACCGGCAUCAUUGUCGAAAAACACGUUUUCCCACAUAUAUGGUCAUCCAUCUUCCCUUUUCUUACCGAUAAUGAUCGGAUACUCCCGAUAAAGUUGUUGUCAAGCUGUUGUCAAAGAGCUCCUCUGGAUUCCUUCUCAACAUUGUUGGAAGAGGCCAUAAAUGUUCCCGAUUUUCAAAGUUUAUUUGCUGACCAUGAGUUACCAGAUGUGAUCCAUUGGUGUUGUUUGAGCCUUUCUUUCUUAGUAUCACGUUUCAAAGGUCGGGUAGAUUCUUUGACGAUAUUGUUAAGUGACGAUGUAGUAAUGCAUAUUAUCAAACAUGUUAAUGGUUUGAACGAUCACAAUCAACUACGACUUUGGAAUAUGUUUACCAUCUUGGCAUAUAAGUCUCGUCCUAUUAUAAGCAAAUUUUUCCAACUAGGAAUCGGAAAGGCGAUAUAUGAGGCCUUGACGCGUAAACCUGCUUUGUUUCUUGACGACGAUGAUUCAGUUAAAGUCAUGAUCAAGAAAGUGCAAGAUGAUUUAGCUGAGGUUGAAGUAAUAUCUUUGCAGCCGCAUAACCUCUACAGACAAAUAUUCCUUUUCUUGCUUGCACUUUUUCCGGCGCUUCCAAAAUUAGGCUCACGGCAAAUUAAUCACGUUGUUUCUGACUCACCAUCAACAACUUCAACAGGAGGCGCUGAAACCUCAAACUCGAGGGAUAUGGUUGUUGAUUCCGAGGAUAAUUCUAGCUCAGCAAAUGAAAAUGAGACCACCGAAUCAUCACUGUUUAAAAAGCCCAGUAAGCAGCUUGCAUGUUUGUUGGUGCCGACAUUGAUAAAAACCUACCGGGGGACUGAGAAUUGGGAAUCGAGGAAGUUGAUAGUGGCAAUUAUCUUGGCAUUUGUGCUUUAUUUGGACGAUGACUUGAUGUGCGAGAUAUUGCAGCAAGCUUCAAUUGAAAAGUUUUUGAGAUGCGUUUUCACAGCUUCAAGUUAUAUUACCAAGAUGAAUAAUCACAUAUUAGAUAUGCAAACAUAUGCUCUCGAGAUUGUAGCUCAGUGCUUGGAGAGUUGGGGAAAAUGUUUUGGAGAUAUAUUCAAUCGUUCAGGAGUACUCGAUCAAGCCAUAAAGCUUAAUGAAGACCAAUUGGCGAAAAAGACAACAGUCCAAUAG